CGGGCUGGCUAGUGUGCAGGUCUCGACGGGAGAGAGGAGCGGAGUAAAAGGGAAGCAAUGCAGAAAUCAGAGUACCAUGGAGGUGUACAGUUGAGAAGCAGAGUGACAGAUAAUUGUGAUCAAAGGAUUUCAUCAAGCACACAAAUAAAACAUAGGACUACAGGUCAACGAAGCAAAUCUUCAUCAUCAACCAGUUCGCCAGAGUCUACAAGAAAACAUCCUCGACCAAGUGAUAAACUUAACCCUAAAACAAUUAACCCAUUUGGUGAACAGUCACGAGCCCCUUCUGCAUUUGCAGCUGUUUACUCUAAAGGAGGUAUUCCUUGCAGAUUGGUCCAUGGUUCAGUAAAACACAGAUUACAGUGGGACUGUCCUCCAGAAAAUCUUCCAUUUGAUCCUCUUCUUAUUACUUUAGCUGAGGGUCUGAGAGAGACUAAACAUCCAUACACCUUUGUGUCGAAGGAAGGUUAUAGAGAAUUACUUUUGGUCCAGGGUGCUCCUGAAAAAGCUGUGCCUUUGCUUCCUAGACUGAUUCCUGUGCUAAAGGCAGCUCUGGUCCAUUCGGAUGAUGAAGUGUUUGAAAGAGGAUUGAAUGCUCUGGUACAGCUCAGUGUUGUUGUUGGUCCUUCUCUAAACGACCAUCUGAAACAUCUACUUACAAGUCUUUCCAAGAGACUGAGGGACAAGAAAUUCAAAGAGCCAAUCACCAGUGCGUUACAGAAGCUAGAGCAGCAUGGUGGAAGUGGAAGCCUUAUCAUCAUCAAAGCUAAAAUUCCAACAUAUUGCUCCAUAUGCUGUUGAAGGAGCCAGCAAAAAUCUUCUUACUACCUGGUGACAGGUGUUAAAUGCUGACCAUGGCCGGGACCUGUGGAACCUUUUCAGAUGCACUUCAGUUUAUGCUUUUGUAAAUCACAGCCACCAUUCAUUUUUUACUAGUUUAAGAUAAGUAUAUACAAUUCCACUAAAUCAUAGUAAAAGUUAUUCUUCAAC